AUGUCAAUGUCGAUGUUCAGCUCGUUCGACGCGCUCUGUGCCGAGUCAUUUUUCGGCCAGAAGACCGGCCUUUUCAGGGGUCCGCUGCCUUCCGGCGGCGACGCAGACGGUAAAACAUCGGAGUUGAAAAUCGGUGUUGUGAAGAAGGGCAAAGAAGUAAAUUCGUCACCGCCGCAGCAGGAGAAGAGGACGGAGGACUGCCGGAGGGUUAGGGCGGCGAGGUUCGCGCCGGAGCUCGAUGGGGUCCACUGCUUUGAGACUAUUGUUCCGUAUUGA